AUCUGUUGUAAGAAAAAAAGUUAAAAAAAAAAAUUUUUUUUUGUGUAUUUUUUAUUUUAUUUUGAACUUAACCUCUAAAAAAUAAAGUGCGGUUUUUAAAACAAAUAAAGAAAAAUCAAGAAUUUCGACAAAUCAAUAAACAAUGAAAAUUAUUUUCAAAAGUCUUCCGGUUAAUGAUAGUGAAUUAAUUUCCGGGAAUGAUUUUUCCUCAAAUUACGAAAAAGAUUUACUAUCAAAUAUCAUAAGUCAUUAUGAUGAUGAUAUUGAUGAUAAUAAUUAUCAUAAGACUUAUGUAAAUGAUUUUUCACAAUAUAAUAAUAUGGCUGCAAUACAAGAUUCAACAACAGAUAAAAUUGAAAUCAUAAGUUCUCAUCAAUAUAAUCUAAUUGAAAAUGCUGAAAAAAUUCAAUAUUAUAUUUCAAUAAUAAUUGCAAUUAUUGGAAUAUUCAUGUUAUUAGCUCUAAUGAUAUUUUUGCAAAAAGAGAAAAAAUCCAAAUUGAAAUAUUUGAAUAAAAUUAAGGAAUAUUUUUGUACAGCGCCAGUUGUAGUCACAUCAUCAACACAUGUUCCACCAAAUGCUGGUGUGAAUUAUCCAGUUGAUGAACCAGUAAGAGGUUAUCAAACAGCCCAUACACCAUAUAGUCAACCUUCCUAUCCAAUGCCACAACCGGCACCGGUACAUACUGGUGUCCCGUAUCCAAUAAACAAUACUGGCAUGCCAAUGCCACAAACAAAUACCCCGUAUCCACCCGCGCAACCCGUAGGAUAUCAAGCUCCAUAUCCUCCAGCGCAAAAUCCACAAGAUGUAUUACCACCAUCAUAUGAUCAAGUAGUAGGUACAACAGGACCUGCAUCAGCUCCAUAUAAUAAACAAGCGCCAUAUAAUCCCCAUUAUACCGGAAAUUAAAAAUAAAUUAUUAAAUUGGAUUAGUUACAAACAAAAAGAAAAAAAAACCUAAUAAUAAAUUAUAAUAUAGGAUUAACGAACAAAUUUUACCAAUUUCUUAAUUUUAUUAUUUUCUUAUACAAUAUUAACUAUUUAAUAUGAAUAUCUAAUUGAAAACAAAAAGAAAUUAAGAAACAAAAAAACACAGAUACAACUACUGUUUUAAAAUUUUUUGCCUUAGGAAAGAAAUUUCUUCCUUUUAUUUUUUGUAUAACUUAUAAUAUGUACAAGUAUAUAUAUUUAUAUACAUGAACAUGAUAUGUAAAAAAAAUAUGUAUAAAAUGGAAAAAAAACUUAUAAAAAUAAAUUUUAAAACAUUUUACAUUCAAUAUAAAAAUUUAACAAGAAAACAUUAUAUUAUACAUAAUAAUGUAGAUAAAUAAAAAUAUUAAAUAAGAGAUUGAUUCUCUUACAAAAAGAAAUUUUAGUCUUUUGUUUUCUGAAAUUACUAUGGAUUUAAAAUUUAUAUUAAUAAAUAAUAUAUUAAAAAACCAAAGUGGUUUAAAUUUUAAGCUUUAAACUCUCCAAUGAAAUAUUUUUCAUUAUUUUUUUUUUCAAUAACUUAUUAAGGGACAAUAGAAUUUAUAAUAUUAUAAAUUAUUUAAUAAAUACAAUUUAAUAAAUACAAAAAAAUUAAGUGAGUACUUAUAUUAAUUGUAAAAAAAGCUGUUCUUAUAUAAUGUUGCUGCAAAACUUGUUUUUUCAUCCACUGAAACAGUCACAAAGAUUAUAAAUUCCGUUUUAUCUUUAAUUUACUUCAAUUAAAACUCUAUUUGGACAAUUAAUUAUAUUGUAUAUUUUUAUUACCAAUUUUUUAAACCUUAAACAAAAAAAUUUUGUAUUAAACACAAAAAAAAACAACGACAAUCAACUGCAUUUGUACUAAAGUCUUAAUUGGUACAAAUCUCAUGCAAAAUUAUGAUCCAAAACGGCCAAAAGAUUAAUUUCCAAAUAAAUGGAAUAGCGUUUGUAUUUCAAUAUAAUUUUCAUAUAAUACCCAUACUUUACUAUAAUGCAUAUUAUAAUUUUAUUAAAAUUUGUUAAAAAUAUCACUUGAAAAUGUCGAAAACUUAAAUCAUUUUAAAUAAAUCAAUAAUAUUAAAAAAUUAAAUAAAAAUGUUAAGUGUAAUCCUUACAUUGUAUCUACAUAAAUUUGUUCCUUACAACUGAUCCUAAAUCUUCUAACACAGUAUCAAAAUCCGAUUUAGAAAUAUGCUAAACCUGCUCUCACUCAUUUUAAAUUAAUUUACCAGCGGUAUUACCGUAUUUGUAAAUUACAAGUACAUAAUAUAUAUAAGUACAUAUAAUGCAACAUUAACAAAAUUCAUAAAUAAAAUUCAUAAACAU